GGGGCGGGGCCGGGCCAGGGUGACCCGGCGGCUGGGUGCCUGGGAAAGCAGUACAGUUCCGAACGCGGCCUCGUCGGCUGUCUGAGCCACCAUGCUGAACGCCACGUGCCGCAGACUCGCCCCGGUGCUGCGGAUGCCCCGCGCACCGUCUGCGGUCGUCUGGAGAUGUCUGCAGGUGCCCGGGGCCAGGUGCUGCGCUGACCAGAGCGAGAGGGCUGAGCAGCCCGGCACCUUCCACCCCGCGCUGCUGCAGUUCCUGGUGUGCCCGCUCUCCAAGAAGCCGCUUAGAUAUGAAGCAUCGACCAAUGAAUUGAUUAAUGAAGAGUUGGGAAUAGCAUAUCCAAUCAUCGAUGGGAUCCCUAAUAUGAUACCACAGGCAGCAAGGUCAACACGUCAAAAUAAGAAGCAAGAAGAGGCUGAGCAGCACUAGACCUUGAUAGUUAAAAGCAUAAUUACUGAGUUCUCUUAAUACCGUAUGCCUUUAAAAGGGGGAAGUGGAGUUGGAGUAAAACAGUGAUUCAGCCUCGGCCUGCUUGGCUGUUCUUCCCCUGCUCUCUUUAGCUGGACUAUUCUGAUCUGCUUUUCUGGAGAAUUUCCCACAGGGCUGCACCAGCAUAGACAGACUUUGCUUUUACAGUCUGCUCUUGCCAACUACCACGCCAGUGUGUGUGUGUGUGUGUGUGUGUGUGCUUCCACUUUGGAACAAGAUAGGUCUAAAACUCUUUAAGUAUAAUUAGUUCAACCAUAGCCAGGACAGCACAUGCAUUACUAAGGGGUCUGCAGCGACAUCUGUGAAAACUACAUAUAAACCUAUUUGAUUUAUAACAAGAUCUAUUUGUCUUAUUUCUCUCAGGCUUAGGACCAAGCGACAGGCUAUGGAAGCUUUUUCAUACAUGUUGUAUCCUUGUUUUUUGAAGAUUUCACUUAUAACCAUUGUGUCAUAGGAAGCAUUUCAGUGAAAUGUCUCAAUGCAGAUUACCAACACCAGUCAUCAGCUGAGGCCUGCUUCGAGUCCCAUUCAUUGAAAGUUAGUGAUUUGAAAUAUUGUUUAGCUUCAAGGUCAAUGGUAAGCUUAAGUACUAAGAAAAUUCUGACACUGUAAACUUGCCUUCAUUACUUUGGUAUCACAUGGUUACAUCAAUAAUAAAAAGAUGCUCACAGUUUA